AUGCCAUACACUGCGCCGUUGAAGACGUCGCCUUCUUCGCUGCACAUUGAACACUCUGACCUCAGCACUCCUCCUUCCCCAAGCUCACCCACCGUGGCCGACCCUGAUGCAGACAAUCUAAACCUUCCCCCGUCCUACUCUUCCGCUUCUUAUGUCCGUCGACACCGGCGGUCUCCAUCCAACAGCAAGUCAUUUGUCUUUCCCGACAACGGCUGGGAACAAACCCGGAACACAGAUGUCUAUGCUAGUGUAAGGCAAUCGCCUUCGCCUGUCAACGAGGGACCGAUCCCACCUGGAGCCCUCCUCUCGCCCCCAGAGUCUGGGCAAAGCUCCAGUGAUGAAGAGUCAGGUAGCCCGGCCAGGGAUGUGUACCAGCUGGAGGAAUUGGAGGCAGCUGUGCGGUCAAUCGAGCAAAGACGAACGGCGUCUCCUGAGAGACAACCUUCCGGGGAGCCAUCGGGGGACAUGCCUGCAACAAAAUCAGGGGAGCAGACGGGGGUCGGCGCAAGCAGACCCCGCCGCCCUUCUCUGACCAAGGAUGGCCGCAUGGUUUCUCGCUCUCGGUCCUUUGUCGAGAACUCAAUCCAUCGAAAGCAAGAGGAAGCUGUUACCAGUUCCCCAGAAGACAGUGACCGGGAUGUCGAGAUUGAACCAAGAUCACCAAUGGUGCGCAAAAAGUCUGGGGAGCUUGUCAGACCAGCGUUACGCCCAUCCUCGGCUCGUCGACGGCCAUCAAGCAUGCCCGGGACACCGACGUAUUCAAAGGCAGUCCAUUUUGACGCCCAGUUGGAGCAUAUCCGCCAUUUCUUGCAGCUCGACAAGCCUCAGGCUGUCAGUGCUGGAUCGUCACCUGUGGAGGAUCUGGAUGCCGACAGCGAAUAUCCAUUUCAUGCUGAACCGUCGGGCCCGUCCUUCGAAUGGGGACUACGGCUAUCAAACUUUCCUCAUAAACCUCCUUCUCAUCCCCAUCCCCGUGUUCGCCUCGAGCGCUUGUUUCUUUCGACAGACAAGCACUCCUUGGUUGGUUUGGUAGUGGUUGCUAACCUUGCCUUCCAAAAGCAUGUUGCAGCCCGCUUCACAUUCGAUAACUGGAGAACCACCUCGGAAGUGACGGCUGCGUACAGCCAUGAUGCUCGGCAGAAGCAGUUGCACGAUGGUUAUGACCGGUUCAUGUUCAAUAUCAGGCUGGAUGAGCAGACAAAUCUGGAUAAGAAAACCAUGUUCGUCUGUAUCCGGUAUAACGUGACCGGUCAUGAGUUUUGGGAUAACAAUGAGAUGAGGGACUAUCAAGUGAAUUUUACCAAGAUACCCAAACCGAAGGCACAAAACCAAGAAAUGCCUCGGGCACGCGCUCGGCCCAACUUGCCUCGCAGCAGGAGUUUCACUGGAUCCGGUAGCCGUCCUCUCUCGAUGCCUUCCUCUCUGAAGGAUUUCUCGGAUAUGCAUCGCUACAUCUCGUUUGGUCCUCCUCUCAAUAAUCGGAAGGAAAAGCAGGAUGACGACGAUGAUGUCCAUCAUGAUUCAGAAAGUCCCGUUCCUAUCCGCCGCGAUAAGCAGCCCCAUCAGGUAUUCGGCAAUCGCUAUGAUUUCGAGUCAUCGUUGUCGGCUGCUAUGCGUACGAAACCAGAACAUGAUCGCACCAUGUUGACCACCCGAGCCAAGUCUGGAGCUCCUGUGUCGCGGUCCGAUGCACGAAGUACAUCUCCUCCUGUCCUACAGAUCGCACAAUCGAGUCCCGAGAAGCCUUCUUCGAUGCUUUCGGGCAAGCCAAACCGCGAGUCCCCUGUGUACAGAGAACUCGUGGACCGAUACUGCUUUUACGGUUCUCCGGCUUCUUCUCCAAAGGUUACUCGCCCGCCCAAGAUCAAUGACACUGCGCCCAACCCCAGUUCCUCUUCGCCGCCGUCACCACCAAGCUUUGCCUCGGAGAGUGCAGAAGGCUCACGAAGCUCACCAGCAUCUCCGCCGACCUACUCUUAUAACUACUUUGAGCCUAUGCAGGAUAGGCUUUUCAAAGAAACUCAAACACCCGCCAUGAUCAGUGGGUAA